AUGCAGCUUGGUGUAAAUACAGUUCCAGUACUUAUUGGCCCUGUCACUUACUUGCUACUCUCUAAACCUGCCAAGGGCGUGGAGAAAACUUUCCCUCUUCUUUCUCUUCUUGACAAAAUCCUUCCUAUCUACAAGGAAGUUAUUGCUGAGUUGAAGGCAGCUGGUGCCUCAUGGAUUCAGUUUGACGAGCCCACCCUAGUGAUGGAUCUCGAGUCUCACCAACUGGAAGCUUUCACUAAGGCCUAUGCUGAACUUGAAUCAUCCCUUUCUGGCCUUAAUGUCCUGGUUGAAACCUACUUUGCUGAUGUCCCUGCUGAUGCUUUCAAAACCCUUACUGCCCUGAAGGGAGUCACUGCCUUUGGUUUUGACUUGAUUCGUGGAACCAAGACUCUUGACUUAAUAAAGGGUGGACUCCCUUCUGGAAAGUACCUGUUUGCCGGAGUGGUUGAUGGAAGGAACAUUUGGGCUAAUGAUCUAGAUGCAUCUCUCGUUACCCUGAAAUCUCUGGAAGGAAUUGUGGGAAAUGGCAAGCUUGUUGUCUCCACCUCCUGCUCGCUUCUCCACACUGCUGUUGAUCUAGUUAAUGAGACUAAGCUGGACACAGAAAUCAAAUCAUGGCUUGCAUUUGCCGCCCAAAAAGUUGUUGAAGUAAAUGCUUUGGCAAAGGCACUGGCUGGUCAGAAGGAUGAGGCAUUCUUCUCUGCCAAUGCUGCUGCUCAGGCAUCUCGCAAAAACUCUCCUAGGGUCACCAAUGAAGCUGUUCAAAAGGCUGCUGCAGCUUUGAAGGGUUCUGACCACCGUCGUGCUACCAAUGUUAGUGCUAGACUUGAUGCUCAGCAAAAGAAGCUUAACCUUCCAAUUCUGCCAACCACCACUAUUGGUUCAUUCCCUCAGACCAUAGAACUCAGAAGAGUUCGCCGUGAAUACAAGGCCAAGAAGAUCUCCGAAGAGGAGUAUGUUAAGGCCAUCAAAGAAGAAAUCAGCAAAGUUGUCAAGCUUCAGGAAGAGCUUGACAUUGAUGUUCUGGUUCAUGGAGAGCCAGAGAGGAACGACAUGGUUGAGUACUUUGGAGAGCAGUUGUCUGGUUUUGCCUUCACUGCUAAUGGGUGGGUGCAAUCUUAUGGAUCUCGCUGUGUGAAGCCACCAAUCAUCUAUGGUGAUGUGAGUCGUCCCAACCCAAUGACUGUCUUCUGGUCCACUGCUGCCCAGAGCAUGACCAAGCGCCCAAUGAAGGGAAUGCUUACUGGCCCUGUUACCAUUCUCAACUGGUCUUUUGUCCGAAAUGACCAACCAAGAUUCGAAACUUGCUAUCAGAUUGCUUUGGCCAUAAAGGACGAAGUGGAGGAUCUUGAGAAGGCAGGAAUUAAUGUUAUUCAAAUUGAUGAGGCCGCAUUGAGAGAGGGGUUGCCUCUUAGGAAGGCCGAGCAUGCUUUCUACUUGGACUGGGCGGUUCACUCUUUCAGAAUUACCAACGUUGGAGUACACGACACCACCCAGAUCCACACCCACAUGUGCUACUCAAACUUUAAUGAUAUCAUCCACUCUAUCAUCAACAUGGAUGCUGAUGUCAUCACCAUCGAGAACUCUCGUUCUGAUGAGAAGCUCCUUUCAGUCUUCCGUGAGGGAGUGAAGUACGGAGCUGGAAUCGGACCUGGUGUAUACGAUAUCCACUCCCCAAGAAUUCCAUCAACUGAAGAAAUUGCCGAUAGAAUUAACAAGAUGCUUGCUGUGCUCGAAACCAACAUCCUGUGGGUCAACCCCGACUGUGGUCUUAAGACUCGCAAGUACGCUGAAGUGAAGCCAGCACUCCAAAACAUGGUGGCUGCUGCCAAGCUCCUCCGCACUGAGCUUGCCAGUGCCAAAUGA